AUGAAUAAUAAUAAAGGAAGUUUUCUAUGGUGCAAUCUAUAGCUAUAAGAUAACGAAAAUGCUUACGGCUUAGGAAAUCAAAUAUUAUACACAGGAAUGAAGCCUCCCAUGAUUGGGGGCGUGGAAGAAAUACCUAAAGAGAAUAUAUAGUAAAAUAGAUCGUGCGAUUUGAAUGACUUUUUUAAACAAUACAUUUGCUUGUUUACCAAUAUCGUUGGAUACUAGAGACUAUUGGGCAAUGGCUAAUUGGAUAAUUAAUUGUUGCAUGCAGUAUCUUUAUAGAUUAAAGAAGAUUGUUCAAAAAGGAAAUAAUUAAAUAGUCUUUCAACUAAAUCGAGGAGAAGUUGUCCAAGAACAAUAAUAGAAUCAAGCAAAAGCAAAAAAUAAAUAAAAACAAGAGUCCUCAUCUGAUCUUUUUACAGCACUCAUUCAGUAAGUGAAAAGGGAGUAUAAAGAAGUAAAUAAUGUUGAUAAACUCCUAGCAAAUAGGUAAUUUGGGGAAGAUAUUGCAAUUUAAGCAUCCUCCUAUUAUUGAUUUAAACUUUGUACUUGCUUAAGGAACAGAUGAAAAUGAAGUUAUCCAACCGUAUAUUAAUUCUGAAUUGAUGGAAGAUGAAUUUGAAUUUGUUUCAUAUCAUUUGAGUGAUGCAAAUCCUAUUUAGAUUAUCAAUUCGCACAUUCAGCAAUUAAUAAAAGCUCUAUCAUCGAAUAAAGUAAUAAAUAUUUAUGAAAUUAGAAAUAAGUACUAUACUUCAACGAUAAAACGGUAUUUCCAAUUAAUAAAUACGACGAGGCUUAGAAAAUCCAAUUGUUUAAAUCUGAUUUCAAAAAUAAUAGACGAUUAAUUGUGUAUAAGAAUAAGAUCAAUAAUCUAAUUGAUACUGAAAACAACAAAAUAUUGAAUGUUCAUCAUUACCUCAGUCCAAAAGCAUGUAAGUGUAGUGAAUAAAUUGAUAGUGGACAAUGGAAAAAGAUACUUUGUUAGAGGAGAUUAUGUCUUUCAUCAUUAUAUGCAAGAUGGAUUCGAUGAUAAAGGUUGGGGAUGUGCCUACAGAUCAUUUUAAAGUGUGUUAUCGUGGUUGAUGGAGAAUGGCUAUACAAGCAAGAAGGAGAUACCUAAUCACAAAAGGAUCUAAUAAAUCUUAGUAGAAAUGGGAGAUAAACCGAUUAAUUUUGUUGGAACAUCAGAAUGGAUUGGAGCCUUUGAAGUAAGUAUGUUAAUUACACAUCUGACUGCUGUGGAAUGCAAAAUAUUAAAUGUCUCCAAGGGGACCGAUGUUGUUUCUAAAUUACCUGAAUUCAAAAGCUAUUUUGAGAACUAUGGGGCACCCAUUAUGUUUGGUGGUGGUCUCUAUGCUUACACCUUGUUGGGAAUUGAUUAUAAUGAUGAUGAUUGUAGAUUCUUAAUAUUGGAUCCGCAUUACACUGCCAAUGAUACCAUCAAAUCGGUUAUUGAGAAAUAGGGAGUGAGUUGGAGGAAGGCAGACAUGUUUGAGGAAAAGCAUUUUUAUAACUUUUGCAUGCCUCUAAUAUAAUGA